AGGAGGCCGAGACGCGGGCGGGCGACAUUUGCCCCGCGGCCCCACGGAGGGGGCUCUGGCUGAGGGAAUAUGUCGCUGCCCAAGAAGAGAAAGACGGACUCGGCGGACGGUGGCGGGGGAGAGGGCAACGGAGGUGGAGAAGAAGAUGAUGGAGGGGAGCGCGACCCGGGCGGGCUGGAGGAGGCCCGGGAGACGGAGCAGGGCGCGCGAGACCGCCUCUACUACGAAUGUUACUCGGACGUGUCUGUGCACGAGGAGAUGAUUGCCGACCGCGUCCGCACGGACGCCUACCGCCUGGGCAUCCUGCGCAACUGGGCGUCGCUGCGGGGCAAGACGGUGCUGGACGUGGGCGCGGGCACGGGCAUCCUGAGCGUGUUCUGCGCCCAGGCCGGCGCGCGGCGGGUGUACGCCGUGGAGGCCAGCGACAUCUGGCAGCAGGCCCGCGAGGUGGUGCGGCUCAACGGGCUGGAGGACCGCGUGCACGUGCUGCCGGGCCCCGUGGAGACGGUGGAGCUGCCCGAGCGCGUGGACGCCAUCGUCAGCGAGUGGAUGGGCUACGGGCUGCUGCACGAGUCCAUGCUGGCCUCCGUGCUGCACGCGCGCGCCAAGUGGCUCAAGGAGGGCGGCCUCCUGCUGCCGGCCUCGGCCGAGCUCUUCUUGGCGCCCAUAAAUGACCGGACCCUGGAGUGGCGCCUGGGCUUCUGGGGGGAGGUGAAGCAGCGCUACGGUGUGGACAUGAGCUGCCUUGAGGGCUUCGCCACUCGCUGCCUCAUGGGGCACUCGGAGAUCGUGGUGCAGGGCCUGACGGGCGAGGAAGUGCUGGCCCGGCCGCAGCGCUUUGCCCAGCUGCAGCUGGACCGCGACGGCUUGCAGCAGGAGCUGCAGGCCGGCGUGGGCGGGCGCUUCAGCUGCCGCUGCUAUGGCUCAGCCCCCAUGCACGGCUUCGCGCUCUGGUUCCAGGUCACCUUCCCCGGUGGGGACGGCGAGAAGCCCCUGGUGCUGUCCACGUCGCCUUUCCACCCAGAGACUCACUGGAAGCAGGCGCUCCUCUACCUAGACGAGCCUCUGCAGGUGGAGCAGGACAUGGACAUUUCCGGGGAGAUCACCCUCUCGCCCUCUCGGGACAACCCCCGCCACCUGCGGGUCCUGCUCCGCUACAAAGUGGGGGACCAGGAAGAAAAGACUAAGGACUUUCGCAUGGGGGAUUGAGCCUGGACACCAGACCCUCCCCCCCCCAUUCCCAGCUUUCCCUGGGCGGGAUGGGAGAGGGAUUGGAAAACUUGGGAGGGAAGGAAGGCACUAGGACAAAACUGAGAUUUCCAGCUGCCUUUUACCGCGUUUGGAGUUUGGGAAGAGGGAUGGAAAUUGCUGUGGCCUCAGUCUUCUCUAGAGGAGACUUAACUUUCGGGUGGUUUUAAUGCUAUUUUUGGAAAAGUGCUUACUAAAGAUUUUUUAAACCUCAAGAUGCAUGUAGCACAGAGCACUUUUUUGUCCUUCGUUCGCUGGGGGAUUUGGGAAGGGAGGAAGGAGAGAAGUUCCAGAAAGGGAGAUAGCAUUUGGUCCUCUCCUCCUCUUUUAGGCUGAAGUUCAGAGAGAUCUCGAAAGAUCUUCCAGUGAGGCCUUCUGAAUUUCUAGUCUGAUAAAUCUUUCCAGUGCCACAUUUUCUCGAUCUGAGAACUUUUCCGCCUCCCAAUGGCCUUUUUUCCUGUGUUCUUCUGCCUAAGACAUUGUCAUAUCUAAAUACUAUUCUUGGAUUGUAAUGAACAUUGUAGCAAUAAGGACAGGUAUAAAGUGAACAGCAAGGUUGCGCUCAAUUUUAAAAUAGCCAUGUUCUCUGGAAUAUUUCCUAUUUAUAGAUUUGUGACAUUGGUGGGGUGCUAAAGUGAAUUGGGCACAUUAUUCCAUUAAGUAAAGUGGAAUGUUACUUCCCAGUUUCACAGCCUAACCUAAGAAACUUCCAUGGUGCAUUGUAUGGUACAACAGUUGAAGGGUAAUAAAUGUUUAAACUAAAUGUUUUUCCCUUACUCAGUUAAUAUCUUUCUAAGAAAAUAUACAAGUUUCCAAUUUCCUUUUUUUUUAAAAGGAGAGACUUAAGAAUAUAAAUUAUUUUAAUUCUUAUUGGAUAACUGGGGUUGGAAUGUACUGCCUCAAUUUCUGAUCUAUGGGUUUUUUUUCUUAAACCUCUGAUAAUAUUGUUUCAACCAAUUAACAGAAAAACAAGGCCUUUAGAAGAAUACUUGUUUUUUAGGUAGAAUAUUCAUUCUCUAAAUCCCCUGAUUUAGACAGAUCAUGUGGCCUGGCCUUUAAGACCUGAACUGAAAAGCAUUUGAAUCUUUGUUUCCCUUUUAUCUGAGCCAAAAGUGAAGUCUUGUGAACAUGAUAGGUUCCCAAAAAUGAAGUGUGUUCCUCCUUUUUAUUGGUAUUUUGUUUUUAUUUUCUCUAUAGUGACAAUUUUGACAUUUUUCAUUUUUCUAAAUGAGAUAAGAAACCUUGUCCAGUGUCUGUGAUUUGCGUUUUUGUUUUGUUUUUUGGUCAGCUCUGGAGAAAAGUCAGAAACUCCUUAAGAAUAUGUAGCCUCAGGGAAAUUAAAAACAAAGUGGAUUUUUUGUCUUGUUUUCUUUUAAACAUCCCAACAGAAAAUUGUUAGACAUGAACAAAUUACAUUCCAAAGUAGUCACUUUUAUUUAUUUCAAUACUUAAGAUGUUUAAGAGAUUCCUCAUCUUUUUUGUUGCAGAUUAAAGUAUUGUAAAUAAGUUGCUGUGAUUAAUGUUUGAUGUAAGAAUUCUUUCUCUGAGGGGGAGCCUUUAUUCAUAGAUCACCAUGUUUACAUGUUUACUG